CAGAAAUAGCUUCACAGCGCAGCGCUGUUCCUGGGGGCUUGCUCUAUGCUCCUCAGAAGCUAACGUUAGCUAGCUAGCUGUCAAGCUGUCCAGUGGAGAGGCUGGGACAGACGUUUCAGCUUCCCCCAGGCUUGGCCACACAAAGCUCCGGCCCACAAAUUCCCAAGAAAAUCUUUCAGAACACACUUUUGAUCGCCAGCUGAGAUAAUGUAAUGCAUCACAGGCGCACGCAAAGAGGGAUCUCCGCACUUACACAAUUUUUAUGCACUGAGCCUUGAGUGACGACUGCUCAUUGCUAGCUAACUGGCUAGCUAGCCUAGCUAAACCGCUGCUAACCCCCAAGUUUCGUCGGUGUGCCUCUCUGGUGAGAACAGCGACCAGUCAGUCCGUUCCACCGUCGCGGCUUUCGUUGCUGUCAACCGAUAUUUGGGAUAUUUGAUCUUUAGAGGGACACAAUGGGUGCAUUUCUGGACAAACCAAAGAUGGAAAAAUAUAACUCUCAUGGUGAGGGUAACUGCCUGAGGUAUGGGCUGAGCAGCAUGCAGGGCUGGCGAGUAGAGAUGGAAGACGCACACACAGCAGUUAUUGGUCUGCCUCAUGGUCUCGACCCCUGGUCAUUCUUUGCAGUUUAUGAUGGGCAUGCCGGCUCUCAGGUGGCCAAGUACUGCUGUGAGCACCUGUUGGAACACAUCACCAGCAACCCAGACUUCCAGAGUGCCCUGCAGGACGACCCCUCUGUGGAAAGCGUGAAGACUGGGAUCCGCACAGGAUUCUUGCAGAUCGAUGAACACAUGCGGACCAUCUCCGAGAAGAAGCACGGUGUGGACCGCAGUGGUUCCACUGCUGUGGGGGUGAUGAUUUCUCCGAGCCAUAUCUACUUUAUCAACUGUGGCGACUCACGUGGACUCCUCAGCCGGGGCGGAGCGGUGCACUUCUUCACACAGGAUCACAAACCAAGCAACCCUCUUGAGAAGGAAAGGAUCCAGAAUGCAGGUGGUUCAGUCAUGAUCCAGCGGGUUAAUGGGUCCCUAGCUGUGUCUCGGGCUUUGGGUGACUUCGACUACAAGUGUGUGCACGGAAAAGGCCCGACAGAGCAGCUUGUGUCCCCUGAGCCUGAAGUUUAUGCAAUAGAGAGAUCAGAGGGGGAAGAUGAAUUCAUUAUAUUAGCAUGUGAUGGCAUAUGGGAUGUCAUGGCCAAUGAGGAACUGUGUGACUUUGUCAGGUCAAGGCUAGAGGUGACGGAUGAUCUUGAAAGAGUCAGCAAUGAAAUUGUGGACACCUGCUUGUAUAAGGGAAGCCGGGACAAUAUGAGUGUUGUGUUAAUCUGCUUUCCCGGGGCCCCAAAGGUAUCUCCAGAAGCAGUGAAAAGGGAGGCUGAGCUGGAUAAAUAUCUGGAGGGAAGAGUAGAAGAAAUCAUCAAAAAGCAGGGGGAUGAAGGUGUCCCAGAUUUGGUCCAUGUAAUGCGGACGUUAGCAUCUGAGGCCAUCCCUAACCUCCCACCUGGAGGAGAGCUGGCAAGCAAACGAACUGUUAUUGAAGCGAUGUACAACAAACUCAACCCCUACCGAAGUGAUGACACAGACUCUGCAUCCACAGACGAUAUGUGGUAACACAACCUCCUACCACUAACACAGCAUAGAGUUUACAAACCACCAUCCUCUCAAGACCCACAGCAGCUCAGCUCAGCAGUCUGUCUCUCCGUCACUCUGAGCUUAUGGUUUCUAAGAAGGGAAUUUCAUGGGAGGAGGAGGAGGAAGAGGAAGAGGAGUUGCAUGCACAGACCUGGAAUAGUGCAGCACCAGUCCACUCUGGAGUUCAGGAUCCCUACCGUCUUGUCUCCCCUUUUUUGUUCACCCACCUUAAUACUCUCCUCUAAAGUAAUCCAUAACAAGUCCACAAGGUCUUUUUCUUUUUGUUAAAUAAUCAGCUUAAGUAGUAAGAUUUUUUGCUGUAAUUAAUUUGAUUCACAUUUCCUUGUGUGUGUUUGUAUAUUUCUGUUUUUUGUGAAGUGCAAUUGUCCUGUACAAACAGCCUGUAUUUAAUGCAGCUUGAUUUUAAGUUAAAAAAUGAAAGAAAUGAAAAAGAGAACCUUUUAUGCACUAUCUGCCUUUUCCUGCUCUUCUGGAAUUGUAACAAAUGUCUAUUCAGUGAAUAUUUCUGCUUGUCCUCCAGGCACAAUGUCUCUGCGCUUUUAUUUUUCUUUAUUCUUUUUUUUUCAGCUAGUCUAUUCUCCUUUAAGAAACGGGUAAAUUGUAUAGUUGACAGCACAGUAAGCUCUCUAUAUCAAACCAUUUAAAUCCUAAUUAUUUUUUCCCUGUGCUUUUUUUUUUUUUAUUGUAUUUUAUUUUUGUAAGUGGUUUUCUGUACAUGCUCAAAUAAUAUUGGCAAAGGUGUUUCUCAGACAUUUUGGAAGUGUGAAGUGAAAAACAUUUUUUUUUUCCAUUUCCUCAAGGCAUCUAAUGAAAAAAGACCCCUGUAAAACACGUUUGUCUGUGCGAAUAGAUACUUGCAAGCGUGCGUGGGUGCUUGUGUGUAUGUAUGUGCGCACGUGUGUCAGUGUAAAGGCAGAUCUGUAUGUGCAACUCUAAUUUAAAUUUCGGUAAGUUGGCUCAGACAACAGACCAGUCUGGAGUUUAAGGGAAUUGCUCUCCCAAUGCUUAACCCAUCGUUUGCCCCUUUUUUCAGCCAAUGUUCCAUAUCAACCCGACAUAGGCUGUCACUACUUCUUAUUCCAAAAAGCUUUGGAUAACAGAGUUUACAUGCUGUUACGCUGUUUGAACAACUUCAAGCUAAAUAUCAGAACUUUACUGUAAGCUGAGAUGACACAAGUAGUUCAAUUUACCCAAGGUGUGCAGUGGUUUGCAGCUUAUCAGGUCCCGACUAGUUUACACAUCUGUUGUGUCAUAUUUAGAUAUCAAUUUCUAAACAUACAUUGUUACCAGUGCCCGCUGUGGGUGCCAUAUGAUUUAUAAUCACUCAUUUCAGCUUUAUGACAGCCUAUGCCAAGUUUUACGUUUUCAUGAGAUUCAGUUUUUGUAUGUGGUACAGAUAGAUUUUUAGCUUCUACCUUUUUAAAUAUCUGAUAAUUUGACUGAUGUGAACAGUUCAAGCACUGACUGUUUUAGAGAAAAUCGCCCAUGAUAGGAGAAACUGUUGACUCUAAAACUUAGCAAGACUAUUUUGUUUUCACAUGAUCUUUAUUUGGACAUGACACCAAGAACAAAUCUGCUAACCGCAACGAGUUCUCGCGGUUGUAUUUCAAAUUUUUUUUCCCAUCGAUUUUUCCCAUCUCAAAACUCUCCCCCACAGCACCACAAGCCAGAGCACAAUACAGUUUGCUGCUAUAGCGUAUGAUCUUUGGAUUGAUUUAUUAUUUAAUUUCAUUUUUCAGUUAAUUUCCCCCUCUGAAAAGAUCAAUAGACUAAAUCUGUAUUUAACUCACACACAGUAGAUAUAUUUCUUGAAGAGAAAUGGUUUUAUUUCAGAUUUAUUUUCUGCCAUUUUUUUUGUCUAAAAUUGCAUUGUUUGAAAUUUAUGUAUGUAUAUAUUUUUGACUUAAACUUUCAAGGAAUAAAUCAGUUGCUUGAGUUAGUUUUUUUGCCAUGGACAAAAUGUCAUUCUGGUUUGUCUCUGGAUGGUUAGUGGAAUUUGUGUGUGUCCCUGUAAACAAUUUGAUGUCCCUUUGAUUAACAUUGAACAGUUUCAUUUAAAUGCUACGCAAUAUUAAAGUUCAAAAUUUGCUAUAAUUUAUUAAUCAAAAUGACAAUCCUAACUAUUUCACCACACUGAGGUUUGUGGUAGGUAGCAAAUGAUUAAAUCUUUAACAAAACACAGACUUUGACUGUGAUCCUAAAUUAGCUGCUUUCUAAUAUGCUUUAGCUGCAAAAAAAAGCCAAAGACCAAGUUAGAUUUAUAAUGGCAAAGAAUAUAACACAAGAAGCAACAAUACAGAGAAGAUCCUAGCUGUUGCCAUGUAAAAGAUGUGUAAAAUGUUAAGUAAUUAGAAAGUGAUUUAUCUCAAGAAUUAAUUCAGGAUAAACUUUUAAAGGUACUCCGUGGAGUUUUUGACCACUGGUGGUGCUGUAGAGAAACGUUGAGUUGAGCGGGUUCUCACUCUACGAGCAGGAGGAUGAACAAAGAGGACGAAACCAGAAAACAACACGGAGCACAAAUCUGUUGACUGCGGGGGGCAGUAAUGUGAAUCAACAGUUGGUGUCAUGGUUGUGUGGCGUGAAAGUGUUAAUGAACUGAUAAAAGAUGAUAAAACUGCAAGCUUGUGCAAAAAUUGCAGCUUUAUGUUAUGCAAAGGGGAGCAUUGAACAUGUUCGUUAGGCCUUAAAGAUGCAGAAAAUGCACUUUGGUAAGAAAUGUUUGAAUUUUAACUAACUGUGUUCACAGUGGAAACUCCAUUGGGUACCUUUAAACAGUCACCACAGAAGUAACAUUGAUAACAAGUUAAAAGACUCGAGACUGUAAACAUAUCAAAUAGGAAUAUUAAUUUAAUUGUAUGUGUGAUGUGGUUUUACUGAAUAUACCUUUCCAUAAACGUUGAAAAAUAAUUUGAAUUCACCCCUUUUUGGUUUAAAUUUCAGUAUUGCAUGUCAAUACUUAUAAAACUACCUACUAAGGAACACCCUUCAAGUCAAUUUAUUCAGUGCGUUGGACAAAACUGUAUUAGUGUGUGUGAAGAUGCCUUUUUUUCUUUAGAUAGGCAGUUUAUAUUUGAUCUGUAAGCUGUUUUGUUUUGUGCUGCAUUGCUUGUAAUCGUUGAGUGCUCUAAAUGUCUCUCUUAUCAGCACCCAGCCGCUUGUUGCAAACCUGUCAGGUGCUGACUCUAAAAAGAAACAUUUCACGCAGUUUCUCUUUAAGGUUGAUAAGGAACAAACAACAUUUUCUUUGCAUUUCACAGCCAUCGAUAGGCCCUCAGCCCUGGACUGUCCUGUGUUGCCCCUGAAUUUAACAAUUCAGGAUCAAGUUCACUGACUAAUUACGCAUUUAUAUAACCAACUUGCUCCACAGAAUGGAAAAAUAGAGAAACUUGCUUUUUAAUACUCAAAAUUGCUGCAGCUGGAAUGUUAGCAGAUAUUAACAGUGGCUUGGCUGUGAUUUAUCACAUCUGGGUGUUUUGUUUUUUUGUUUUUUUUAAAAAAUCAUUACAAUUUCCAUCACAUCCCCGUUGCUACCCCAGCCGUCAUGAAAACUGAACAAAAAAAAAGAAAGACCCCAAGCAUCUGCUCCACUUGUUUUGCUUUUUCACGAACUGAAAUACCUCAUGACAUUUAUAGGAAGUGUUUUUGUCUUGUGUUAUGUAGAUUCAGACUGUUCCGAAAAGCAGUUCAUGCGUGGAGACUUUAAUGGAAGCGUUUUUUUUCUUGCGGCUCGCCCCCACAGAACUCAUGAUUUUAACACUGAUCUAUUUGAAUGGGAUACGUCUGUGCUCAUGUACAGUAUUUUAACAAGUUGUGCUGAUGUUAGGACAAAAAAGUGAUGAUUUAAGUGGCUACCGCAAAGGACAACUUUUUUGAUUUACUAGGAACACUAUUAGCCAUGUUGUAUAAGCUGCCCUCCACACACCACCCCACCCCCCAAAAAACGCCCCCGAAUGCUCAACUGUGUAAUUUAACUUGUCCACUUGUGUGAUGCUCACUUAGCUCAAAUCUAGAAUUGUAUUGAGAGUUCAGGGUUUUAGAAAUGUGAGAUGUGUGACUAAAUGACAAUAGUCAUAUGCACUGAUCAUUUGUGUAAUCAGCUUUUUUUUUUUCUUCUUUUCAGAAAAUUGUUAUUGUAGAGGAAAAAAAAGAUUAUAAAGCUAUUUACAGAGUUACCUUUGGUUGCCUGGAAUGCAUCCUGUAUAUUCUUGUACGGAGGACUACCUGGCAGAAGUUUGAAGAGAUUUUAAAUGCUUGCGCCCUCUUGUACAUAUUGAUGUACCUCAGUUGUGGCGUUUACUGUGUGACCCUUAGCAGUGGUGGUUCAUUUGUCGCCUCGCAGGGCGGCCUCCGCCUCACUUUGCUGACCUUUUUCAGCUCAUAAAUAAGCUCACCGAUUUGCCUUACCCAAUCUCAUGUUGCCCCCUAAAGUACUUGUUCAACGUAACACUAUGAGGAGGAGUGAUGCUGCUGACAUUGCUCUCUCGCAGAUUAAAAACUGUCCCCAUAUUAGGGUACUUAAGCUAUCAACAAAGUGACUUUGUCCUGGUUCUCACAAGGUACAACUUUUCAACCAUUGCUGGUUUGUAUGCCAUUUUCUUUUCCCCAUGUUACCUUUUUGAAUCUCGGUCUUGAAAGCUUAUUUAAUUUUUCACUGCAGAUGAUGUCAUACUUUUAACAAAUGCAAGUGUUUUAACAUGGUAACCUCGUAAGCAUUCAAAAUGUGCAUACAUACAUUCAUGUCUGCUAUAUUUAUGGUUACAUUCGAGAAUAGCUUUAGAGUGCUGUAGAUAAGUAUUGUCAAUGUUGAUUCAAAUGCUUCUCAGAGGCCUCUGUGAGUGAUUUUACAAAGUUCAAUAACUGUAUAUUUUGUAUUAUGUUCUAGCUCCAAAGGAAUGGCAGAAAAAAAAGAAAAUGUUUAAAAAAGCUUUGUUCCCUGAACUAAAUUGUACUAUUUGUGUUGUCGAUUGAACAAAUUGCAUUCCUUGCUUGUGAAUUGAUGCAUUUCUCUCCCUGCCCCUUAAAUCUUCUCCCCUUCUUUCCCUCCUUUCUUUCAUUUUUUAGCCUUUGAAGUUUGAAUAAAAUUUCUAGUUUGCAGAAUGUAUUACUAAAUAAAUGGGUUGUCAUCUUGUA